AAUCUUUUUGCUGCAAUUAUGUCUGAGGAACCCACUGCUAUUCCCCCCAGAGGGGAGGGUUUCCCUCUAGAUGCUGUACAAUUCCUGACAGCAGUCCAGAUUCAGGACCUGGUUAACAGGCCAGUCCAGACGGCUCUGGCCUCGGCCAUACCGCCUUCUAGCUCACAUUUUAUGAUACCCAGUUUGUCAUCCCCGCCACUGCAGCAUGGCGAACCGCCAUCCAAAAAAGGGAAAGUUUCCCAUAAACAAAAACAUUCAUUGGCGGCACCCGACUCCCCGACAGGGGAAGUAAAUAAUAUGUGUCAGGCAGUUCCUUCCUCGGUCUGCCAACCUCAGCAUCCACCAGACUCUGAUCGACCCCUGGGCCUCAGGGAGUUAGAAGACAAGAGGCAUAGGUCUGCAAGACGUGUAAAAUCUGACUCCUACAUAGACUCCUCUGAGGAGGAUUCCCAGAGCAUUUCUGAGGGACAUGAGUCUGACGACUAUGAGUCUGAGGUUAAUGGAAGGGAUGCUGGGGAUAAGGCGCUUGACUCCAACGCCACCCCUGUUACACAGGGUGAAGUAAUCCUGGAUGCCUUGGGAGAACCAUUUUUUCACCCUGACGCCAUUUCCCACCCGAGAUCAGGCGAAUGGUCUCCCCUCCCUCAGGUAGCCCAAUACGUUGAGCUAUGGGCCAGAAAAGCCCUAGACAGACCCGCCCGCAAUAAACUGCGGGCUGAAUGCCCUAGGCCAUUUAUCCCCAAUAAGGUGGUGGAUACACCUGAGGUAGACCCUAUUUUAACCAAAUAUCUGGCAAAGUCAGGCAAACUCCCCAAGAAAGGGAUAGAACGUUCUUUCAGGACUAUCCAAGAACGUGUCUUAGAUUUAAUUGGCCCUCUCACCAAGAUUUUAAAUUUGUCCGAACAGGCGGCCGCUUUGGACCAACCGGUCGACUUAGCCCAGCUGCGUGGGUGGGCCCAGAGGGCUAUUUGCCUAGCAGGCACCGCCAACACCACCUGUUCGGUGGAGAGACGCCGCUCCAUCUUAAUGUGGCUGGAUCCCCAACUCUCCCACCUGGCCGAAACCGAACCCGGUCCAGCGGCGGGGGGUAUGUUAUUUGGGGACAACCUCAUGAAGUUCGUAGGCCUGUUUACAGGACUGGACAAAGCUCAGACCUCACUAAAAAGGUCAGGUUCCAACAGAGUUUUUCCCAGGGCCGGCAGAGGUAGAGGCCGAUCUGCCGGCCGCCUUUCUUCUUAUAGGCCACAAUACAGACCAGCCGUCCACUAUCAAUAUCAACAGGCUCCUCCUUCCUACACCGUCCCGGUGGCGCAACCAGCACCGUUCUUCCCACCCCGGAGCAGACCCUGGCGAGGACGCGGCUACCCCCGUUCCCGUCCUCCUACCGGAUAUUGAACGCUCUGAUCGUGGUCCAGAAGGCGGGUGAGCGGUCGGUGACGGAGUUUGGAUUCUUUUACAGUCCCCGUUGGGACGAAGUUGGCCCAUGAUUGGCCUUGUUCCUGGUUAUUUCCUUUCAGAGGUGGAGAGUGCGGACCAGCCCGUGUGAUUUCGGGCACCAGAGGAGAAGUUUUUAAUUACAUUAAUGGUUUACUGAUUUUUUUCUGCUAUGAGCAUUAUUAAAGAAAGAAUAAUGCAUAAGA